CGAAGCAGUGGACUCAUUUAGGUACCUUGGUGUGCACCUAAAUAAUACACUGGCCUGGACAGGCCACUGUAGCAUGUCCGCCUCACAAAUUCUGAUGUUCAAGGUUUGAAUUUUAGUUGCGUUCCUGCGUGGAAGUGGGAAAACCUCGGUUAGACAGAUUCAAAUAAAUUCUGGUACGUUCUUGGCCAGCCUGGAGCUUGUGAAACAACUCCCAAGAAAUUUGGCCGUGUAGCCAUUUAGCCAUUUAGCUUCUUCGAUUAGCCUAAUGCAUGGGUGUAGACACAGGCCCUAUUUUGUCUGUGUUAGGUCAUGUUGGGUUCAAUGUAACAUCUUCAGUGUGUCCAAUAGUUAGGUAGCAGGUGUCUGAACAAAGGAGGAGGGAGUGGAGUGACACGUGGAAGGAGGAUGGGUCGAGUGAGGGCCGUAUUUAAGACUGGGUCCUGCUCAUCCUAUUCACCAUCCUAUUCACCACUUCGCUCUCCACGUACACUUGAGCGUCCGGCCGGUCGUCGUCAUCCAGUCAGCAGCAUGUCUUUGCCCGACCCCGAGAACGCGUCCACCCUGGAGAACGCCAUGCAGCUCAUGAUCCAGACCUUCCACAAGUAUUCCGGCAACGAGGGUGACAAAUACACGCUGAGCAAUGCCGAGCUCAAGGAGAUGCUCACCACCGAACUGGGCCAAUACCUCGGGCACGCCAAAGAUAAGGAGGCGGUGGAUAAGGUCAUGCGUGAACUGGAUUCCAACGGGGAUGGCGAGGUGGAUUUUACCGAGUUUAUCAUCCUGGUGGGCGCCCUCACUGUGGCCUGCAACGACUUCUUCCUGGAGUUCAACGAAAAGCCGACAAAGAAGAAGUAAACGCCGUCUCGACGCGCUCCCAUCCAAGGGAGGAAAGACCCACACCACAUAUACACAAACACACUGUACAUGCCUAAUUUGAGGGGAGAGUGUUGUCCUUUUUUUUGUCUGCACGGUCUCUUUAAAUUUUACGUCGGUCUCUUGUUUCUGUUCGUGUAUUUUAGAACACUUUAAAAUUCCCCCUGGAAAGAAUAAAUGUGAUCUUUGAUCAAAA